CGGCGAUUGCGGUGCGGCGGCGGGCAGGCAGCGAGGAGCGCGGUGAUGUCGAGGCGUCGAGGCCAGCGUAGGGCUGCUGGUGACGGCGAGGGUCCACCGAGCGGGCUAGCUGGGCUGCUUGACUCGCGCCGGGCUGCGGGCAACAGGACACGGGCGCGGCAGGCGUCGCGGGGUCCAGGCGAACUUCAGUGCGCGUCGUCGACAAUGGCUCAGCCAGCACAGGCAGCGUGCAGGUAAGCGGCGCAGUCGACCGCGUUGCAAUCCAUUGGCACCUGCCGCCCAGCACUGUGGGGUCUGAAGCUGAGCACGCUUGCCGCAUCAGCUCUGCCGCCCGCCGCCCAGCGCCGCCCCAGGGCCACCCACCAUGGCCGUCACCCUGCACACGUCCAAGGGCGCCAUCAAGCUCGAGCUCUUCUGCGAAGCCGCCCCCACCACGGCCGAGAACUUCCUCGCCCUGUGCGCCUCGUCCUUCUACGACGGCUCGCCCUUCCACCGCCUGAUCCCCAAUUUCAUGGUGCAGGCCGGCGCGCCCGCCGCGGACCCCAAGUCCAAGACCAGCACCUCCAUCUUCAACGACGGCGGCCUCUUCGACGACGAGUUCUCGCCCGCCCUGCGCCACAAUGCCCGCGGCAUCCUGAGCAUGGCGAACAAGGGCCCCAACAUGAAUGGCAGCCAGUUCUUCAUCACCUUUGCGCCUGCGCCGCACCUCGACGGCAAGAACACCGUCUUUGGCAAGGUCUUGGAGGGGCAGGACGUGCUCGACGACAUUGAAAAGGUGCCUGUCGAUAAGAAGUCGCGCCCGCAGGAGAAAAUUGUGAUUGAGAAGGUCACCAUCCACGCAAACCCGCUUGCUGGGUAGGCAUGGAUACGUUUUUGGAUAAAUGAAAGCUGUCAACGCUAGCCUUCAAGGCGCAAGGCGGAAUGGCAAAAGGAAAAAACAUCAUCUAGAGGAAAGCAUGGU